UUAUUUAAGAUACCAUGUGAAGGUUUGCGCCUUUGCUUAGAAUUACUUUAUAAAAUACGUUUGUCUUGUUUUUAGAGGUAUUUACACCACGCUACAAUGAAGGGACCGGCGGAGUUGUCCAACGGGAGAAGAUUGCCCAUUGGCUACUGGAGCUCUACUGCUUUGCUGAAAGUGCGACGUCAUAGCCCCGGAGCACGGAUGUGUGUGUGUGUGUGAGUGAGUGAGUGGGGCAGUGAGGAUUGUGUGUGUGUGUGUGUGUAUGUGACUCACAGAGGGUGAGAAUGGAGAUGAGAUCGAAAAGGUUGAAGAAGUAAAGGAAACCCACAGGAAGAGAGGCGAAGUGUCACGCCUUUUUACAGUAAAACCCGGGAAGCAAUCAACGCAACUUGCACAGAGUUGUACGUACCGGCUCGCCGACCGGGGAGCGCGAGGAGCCAGAUGCAGUGUGAUGAUCAAAGCUGUUGGUGAUGCCUGCCUCGGACUCUGAACUCGCAGCCAUGGAGGUCAACCAUGAAUUGGAGGAAGAGGAGGGCAACUUGCCCGAUGUUCCGCUCGCAGACCCCCCUGCUCCCGUUCCUACUUCUCCUCCCUCCUGUUUAACCACUGAAAAGCCCGAUUUCGCCACCGACGCCACAAUGGAGGGCAAAGCCAUCUCCGUGGCAAGCAAUGAAUGUAGUUCGACUCUUUCUUCACCUGCUGAAGCUAAGCCUGCUGUUACACCCCCUCCAAUACUUGAACAGACUUUCGACCAAAGCCCUGCUACCUCGAAGAUACUGUCUGCAACAGACCCCCUAAAAAGCCCUGGAGCAAGCCUGCUUUCCAUUUCCGAUCCUCCACCAUGGGUUCCCACGUUGCCGCCUUCCGUGUUCGGCUGCCAAGACCAAGAAGAAGAUUUCCCCGCUGUGCUCACCUUCAAGGGUGUUUCUGUCACGUUGGAGAACAACACCAUAUGGAAGCAGUUCUGCCAGUGUGGAACCGAGAUGAUUCUCACUAAGCAGGGUCGCCGCAUGUUCCCCUACUGCCGCUAUCGCCUGGCCGGUCUGGACCCUAAUCGGAUGUACAGCCUCGUCCUGUCCAUCGUUCCGUCAAGCCCAUUCAGGUAUCGGUGGAACACGUCCAGAUGGGAGGCCAACGGGCCGACGGAGCACCAGUCUCAGGGCCUGAUCCGAGCCUUUCCCCACCACUACUCGCCCUGCCUGGGCUCAGACUGGAUGAGCUGCUUGGUGUCGUUCUAUAAGCUCAAGCUGACGAAUUGCUUCCAAGAUCAAGAGGGUCACAUGAUCCUGCACUCCAUGCAUCGCUACAUUCCUAGGCUUCACAUCAUUCCGGUUCUGGACGGGGCGACGCCGACAGUCGACAAACCCGUCGUCAUGGGACCCGAGAGCAUCACCUUCACGUUCCCGCAAACGGAAUUCAUGGCGGUGACAACUUACCAGAACUUUCGGAUCACGCAGCUGAAGAUCAACCAUAACCCUUUUGCCAAGGGCUUUAGGGAGGACGGGAACAACUCCCGCCUUCAGAGAAUCCAUCCACCUGCUGAGAGUCCAGAGACCCGAACGAAGCUCCUGAAACCUGCUGAACCCGCUGAGCAACAGGAGGAGGUGAUGGAUCUGAGCGCAAAGAGUCAGGAUCCUUCCUCUUCAUCUGCAAAUGCACAAGAGACCAGACUGGUGCUGAAGCCUAUAAUGUCCCAACCAGUUGGCGUUGGUGAUGCAUAUGUGCCCUGCAUCCGGGGCAAACAUGCCCUGGGUGAGAUCGUUCUCCUCCAGAACCAGUCUGCUGUUGAACCCAAGAAAGACGACACGGCCAUUGUUCUUCUGAAGGCAAACUCAGGCUUGAGGAGGCCGCCCAAAGCAAGACCCAAUAAGUCCAGCUCCUCAACGGGAACCCCGGUACGAUCGAUUGGGUUUCGCAAGAGGAGAAGGAGGAAGAUCAGGAGUCGUUGGACGAUGUACUAUGCAAGGACUUGGAGAAGGGCGGCUGCGGCUGCCAAACCGGCCCACAGCCCGUCAUUGACUCUGGCCAUGCAGCCAGAACUGGACGAAAUAGAAGGCCUGCUGUUUGUGUCGUUCACAUCGAAGGAAGCUCUUGAGGUUCACGUCAAAGACAAGCUAUCAAACGCCUCAUCAUCAGAAGCCGCCGUUUCCACAGCAGAGCCGAUGGAGACGGGAGACUUGUGUGGCGUUUCUGUGGAGGAGAAUCCAGAAACACAGAGGGAGAAAACGGCUCGGUUGGAGUCUCUCCUCCUGGAUGACCUGAGUGCUCUCAGACACAGACAGGUCAUCCAUCCAGUGCUGCAAGAGGUGGGCUUGAAGUUGAGUUCCUUAGACCCAACCAAGGCUGUCGACUUGAAGUAUCUGGGUGUUUGUCUGCCACCGCCUCCUUCAACUCUGACACGCCAAACCAGCACACCAACUUCAUCGCCUGCUGAUGAGGAAUUGCCCUUUAUCUCUAGAACAGGAAAAACAAAGGAUGUGACAAAAAUAAAAGGAUGGAGAAACAAGUUCGCAAGAAGCCAAGAAACAUCUGCUGCUAACAGCGAAGGAUUACCAAAGAACAUGUCUGCUUUCUGCAGCAACAUGUUGGACGAGUACUUGGAGAACGAAGCUCAGCAAAUCAGCGAACGCGCUGCUGCGUUCUCCACCAACCCAGAGGACGCUGUGGCCUACCAGCUGCCCGCCAGGGGCUCCAGCUACGUCAAGACCCUGGACAGCGCGCUCAGGCAUCGGAACGCCGCCUCCAGGGUCUCAGGCGGGACCAGGAGGCCGUGCCCUCUCUCUCGUAAAGCCUUGGCUCAGACGUCUCCGACCACUUCUAAAGCCCCGGGUCGUGCCUCGGAUCCAGACGCUGCUGCUGCUGCUGGGGCCGGUUAUGCUGACGACUACUCACAAAGGCUGCCGUCCAGCCAGUCGGCAGCCAAUCAGAGAGCUGCGACGGGGUUCGGCCAGAGCCAGGGUCCAACCCACAGAGCUGCAGGCUUCACAAAGAUCCAGCUCAGGCUGCUGCAGAUGGAAGACGCAGCGUUUAACCAGGGCCUGGGCAGAACACAUCUGACUCCAGAAAGACUCUCGACUGCUCUGUCUGUUAUCAUGAGCAAAGAGAGGGGAUUGCCCAGUGAGCUCCCGUUUCGAGACGACUCUGUAGGACCAAAGUGUGGUCAGGACUUCUGCAGGCUGGGCUGUGUGUGUCCCAGUGUGAAGCAGCUGAACACACACCCCGACCACUGCAGACAGCCUGAGUGCAUGUUUACCUGCAGCUGCCUCAGACCUCUGAUGGACACAGAACAACCGACCCAGAAUCGCUGUGGCUCCUCUGCUGCCAAACUGUGGAACCGCAACAUUCAUGACGAGGAUCUAGAGCCGCUUUACACUCCCAAAGUGGCUUCGCCUCCCGCCCCAGUGAAGUCCAGCAAAACCUGGACAUUUUGCCCGGCACCUCCGAUGCGUGAAGAGGACAAGGAUCCCGUUUAUAAGUAUCUGGAGAGCAAGUUGACGUGCGCACGCGUCAGGGCAUACAACAGCCUGCCGCCUCCGGUCGUAACCCUGAGCACCGCGCUUUUCGAUCAACGGGACAAACCGGCGCAGAACGUCGACAAGCCCGUCCUGAAUCAGGAGAACGCUGCUGACCUGACCCAUCAAAAGCCAGCAGAUGUGGAUACAAGGCCUGUUGCAGCGAAAGUGAAGCAGCAGAUCCAGAUCCAGUCCAUGUGUCUGUGGAAGAAUGACCGCAAAAUGGUGCUGGAGGGUUUGUGCGACCGCAUGAACCAGAACCGGCUCCACCAGCGUUUCUACAUCGGGCCCUACCGCGUCAGCCCUUUGACCAGAGUCACUUUGAGGAAACCCAGCGGCACCAUCAUCACCUACAGGAUGAAGAUCAGUAAACCAGAAAAAGUGAGCGACUGUGAGGAUGAAAGCGAGGAGGAAGAGAAGUGUGAUGGAGAUGCUGAGGAAGAGGUAGCAAAGGACCGUGGGAAUCAGUGUGGGGAGACCCGGGCUGGGAGGCUGAGGGCCCGGAGAAAACAGCCGGGCCACCAAACGUCCGGACUCAUCCAGGUAAAUGAUAAGUACUACAAUCGGGCCAUGCUGUCGCUCGGCAGCAUCGGGUCUCUGCAUCCAGCCAAUCGUCUUGCAGCCCAUGUCACGGGUCGACUGUGGACCGAUAAAAUCUCUCAGGUGAAACAAUCAGAGGACUUCAGCUCCACACCAGAAUCCCUUCAUGUAAAAGCCACAAAGAUAUUUGUUCCUCCGGUUGUGGAUGAGAAGACGACACAGCAGACCAAAGCCGAUUUACACAAACAGAGUAAUGGCUCCACGGCGCAGGGUUCUCAGACGUCCCAGCCUGUCCAGUCGUUUGGCCCAAUCCAGCAGAACAUCCACAGCAGCUCCACAUCCUCGCCCGUCUCCCUCACCGUCUCCCCCUCGCUGAAAAGCCCCAGCUUCCUGGCUAAGAGCGGGACGUACUCCUUCAGAAUCUGCCCUCCGUCCACCCAUGCCAGCGGAGGCCAGAGCUCCGCGGGCGUGGCCCUGCCAGGGGGCUUCACCCUCAUCCAGCUUCUGAAACCCAGAGCUGACAAGGCCGGAGGGCAAGCGAAGCCCCCCGACGUCACCAGGAGAGCUCCAGCUGAGGACAAAGUUUCUAGCCUGAGCCAUUUGGCCAAGGAGUGGGUCGGUUUUGACACCUUCAACAAAGUCAGGACCUUACUGAGCAGCAACGUGCCAGAGCCUGAUUCCUCCUUUGAGAGGAAGAUGUCGUCAGGUGGGAAUGAUGAAGAGGACGACCUGAAGAAUCAGCAGGGAUCAUUCCAUACCUUGUCCUCAGAAGAAAUGAGCUCCGACUUCUCAGACUCUGAUGAAUGCCAAGAAGUCGAGGAGAUGGUGGACAUUGAAACUGUCGAAGGGAAACAAGGAGAGGUCAUUUCUAAAAUGAGGAAAGAUGCUUCUGCGAUAUCACAACAAGCAAUGGAUUCUGCAGAUGAAUGUCGAGAAGGAAAGGAUCUCAACGAACUGAUUUUAAAGUAUAACACUGAUUCUGAAAACCAAAGGCCGAGGACGCGCAAGAACCACUCGGCGCUGGAGAAGCUGAGGCGCUGUGAACAGCGAGUUCUGUUCGACAGACUGCAGAGUCUCCUCAAGCUGGAGUCCAGAUCUUCCAGGCAUCAGGUUCUUAAUCUGGCUGUAAAAGAAAUUGAAAAUCUGGGCAAGACAUCCAGAUAUUUUCAAGCGGAGAGAACGAGGCUGCUUCAAGCUCAGUCUGUCUAUUUGAAGAAGCUGUCUGUGCUGGCCGGGAAGCCCGAAAGCCUGAUUGAGAGCAAGCUAAAGGAGAUCUUUGAGCGGCAGAAGCAGCGCGAGAAGAACAUGAAAUGGAAGCCUUUCUUUUCCCAACUUCUGCAGAGCAAGGCUGCUCUUCUUCAAGCCACCGCCCCUUCUUCUGCCCCCCAGCCCUCGUCACCGCCGAAGCCCGACCCGAGCCCCCCGGGUCAAGCCCAUCUGUCUGAGGCUGCAAAAAGAAAUCUACAAAAGCUGAUGUCUCUGUACCAUCCUUCAAAAAAGUCGGAGAAGGCUCCAGAGCAGUCCGUCAAUAACAUAUUCAAGCAAGACGUUCCAACUAAAGUGUCCAUCAUCGUGCCACGGCAGUUUGUCAAAGCGGCGCCGAAGACGGAGGCUCAGCAGAAAGAACCCGGAGCUUCGGAUCAACCGGCUUCUAAGUCCGAGGAGAACCAGAAAGCGUCUGAAAAUCCAGAUCAGAACUCCGUACCCACUUCUGUAGCAAACGACCCACAGCUCCAGGACAAAAUGGCCGUUGAAGGAGCGUCCACCAAGCCUGAAACGUCAGGAGCUAAAAGAACAACCAUAGUCGUCCCUUCAGGGCCGCUUGCUCUUCCUCUGAUUCGCUCCAAAACCGGCAGACUCAUACUUCCCUCCUCCCUGAAACCACUUGGUCAAGGUUACUACACCGUGAUGUUCAUGGAUUCCAAGAUGAAGGGGGAGGGAGACGAGGCCGGCUCUUCAGCCAAUACAGAGCAGUCUCUGGCUGAUCCUUCCAAGAGUUUCGAGAAAGCCUCCCCUGAUGCUGACCAGCCGUCAGAUUCUGAUCCAAAGAGUUCAGGCUCAGUGAGCCCCCUCGCUGAUCUGACCUUCCUCAACAAAGCGAUUGCUUUACCGCCACUCGACCUACAAGUCAGUGAGGCGAACCAAGGAAAGCCCGUUCCAAUCUUGGUUAGAACCUCAUCGGGUCACAUAUGUUUGAAGCCGGUAGGUCAGAUCCGUCGUCCUCCUCCUGCCAACCCCGAGCAAGAUUCCAACCACGACAAAAGCCGGCCAUCGAAGAGCCAGGUGUCCCGUCUGACUACAGACGCUACCGAAACCAGGUUGGCACAGACCAAGAGGAGUGACGCUUUUAUUAACAGGCUAGCUGAACUGAAGCAAGGAGACGUUACUGUGGAGGACAUGAAGGUCAAACGAGGCAGAGGAAGGCCUCCGGGAAAGAAAACGGCACAGGGACGAGGUGCUGGUGUAAAGCGAGGAAGAAGUCAAGACUCCGACGACGACUCCCCGGUUAAAUUUGCCAUUGCGUCUCUCAAAAGAUCCAGUUCACCGAACUCGCAAGGGGAGGGGUUCACUUCCCGACCGCAAACGCGUGGCUCUCUGGGAAAGGACUUCCCCAGCGAAAAGAAACGCUCGUGGAUAGAUGUGGAAAAGGAGCUGGAACCGGACCUCGAUCUGGUAUAGUCUCUACAGGGUAAAGUUGGACUCAUUCCUUUUGGUACCAAACAAGCUCUCUGUCGCAGCAGCGUGAUCGAACCUGACACUUUUACCUCCUUUACUGUUUAUUGGUGUCGACAUGACAUGCAAGCUUCACCACAUGUGCCUGUUUAAAACAAAAAAGGGCCUAGAAAGGUACCUAAUGCUGCUGCUGCUAUUGUUGCUGUAGAGAAAAGUCGAAUUCAAAGAGCAUUACCUGACCUGCUGAAUGUAUGAAGUCUGUGCUUAAACUACCACAGGCAGCUUUCAUCAGGCUGUUUUCUAAAAUGAAAUUGUCUGUAAAUGUGAUGUUUUUUUUGUUUGUUGUUUUUUUUAACCGCUUUACUGACUCGAUUACGUUGUACUUGAACUUGUUUGUUGGCGUCAUGCAGAAGAGAAUCAAAACUGAAUAAAGCCUUAGGAGGGGAAAUCGUACCAAACCA